AUGCAGCGGCACCCUCUCAGUCUGUUUGGCGCGGGUGAAAUAAUUAUAAAGCUCCGCAGGCGUUGGAGGAAGGCAGAGGAGUCUGAGAAGGAGGGCCUGAAAGCUCUCUGGGAUGAGAUCAGAAGACGCCUUGCUAACCUCCGGAGGGUAGAACGCAUCAGAAGACAGAGGAAAAGGAAGGAGAAGGAAAGAUCAAGUUUCUUCAGGAAGCCAUUCCGGUAUGCACGCGGGCUCCUUGAGGAGAAGACAAGUGGAAUUCUGGAUGUCUCCAAAGAAGAACUGCAGGAGUACAUCCGCACUCAGUACAGUGACCCAGCAAGGAACAAACCCCUAGACUCGCCAGGGUAUGUGCCUAGACCCUCAGAACCAUCAGCCCUGUUUGACGCAUCACCACCAAAGUUCAGCGAGAUCAGGCAGGUGAUCCAGCGGGCAAGAUCUGCUUCAGCACCAGGCCCGAACGGAAUACCGUACAAGCUGUAUAAGAGCUGCCCAGGAGUGCUGAAGCUGUUAUGGACCCUGAUGAGAAUCACCUGGACUAAGCAGACCAUACCAUCCGAGUGGCAGAGAGCAGUGGCAGUCUCUAUUCCCAAACAACAGACCGCCAAGGCCAUCGAGCAGUUCAGGAGCAUAGCUCUACUGAAUGUGGAGGGGAAAAUCUUCUUCUCCGUGAUGGCAAGAAGAAUGACCACUUACCUCACGGAGAACAACUACAUCAAUACCAGCUGUCAGAAAGCCGGGAUUCCAGGUUUCCCAGGCUGUGUAGAGCAUGCUUCCAUGAUUUGGGAACAGAUCCAGACCACUAAGAGGGAGAAGAAAGAUCUGCACGUCAUAUGGCUAGACCUAGCCAAUGGCUAUGGGUCAGUGCCACACCUGCUCAUAGCCUACGCUUUGGAAUUCUUCUACAUCCCAGACAACAUCAGGACCAUGAUCAUGAACUACUACCAGGACAUGCACAUGUGCUUUGCACAGAAGAAAGUCACCACUGGUUGGCAACAACUGGAAGUAGGGAUCGCAAUGGGAUGCUCCAUUUCUCCCAUCCUCUUCGUGGCAGCGUUUGAGGUCAUCCUGAUCGGGGCAAGGCAGAUGGUGGGUGGGGUCCGGCUGCCUGCAGAUUCCAGUUAUAUUGAGAGGAUGGACAAUUAA